AUGGGAAACAGCUCCAUCAUCCUUCUCUCCCUCAUGGAGCCCAGACUCCAGACCCUCAUGUACUUCUUCCUGGACAAUCUCUGUGUGCUCAACCUUUGUGUCACCUUCACCAUUGUACCACAGCUGCUGGCCAACCUCUGGAGACCAGGGAAGACAAUUGCUUCCUGGGACUGCAUCACGCAGGCCUACCUAUUCCACUGGACAGGUUGCACUGAAUGUGCCCUGCUGACACUAGAGAGUCCUCUCUUUGGAGUGGUCCUGGUUUCCUUCAUCCUCACCUUGAUGGGAAACAGCUCCAUCAUCCUUCUCUCCCUCAUGGAGCCCAGACUCCAGACCCUCAUGUACUUCUUCCUGGACAAUCUCUGUGUGCUCAACCUUUGUGUCACCUUCACCAUUGUACCACAGCUGCUGGCCAACCUCUGGAGACCAGGGAAGACAAUUGCUUCCUGGGGCUGCAUCACGCAGGCCUACCUAUUCCACUGGACAGGUUGCACUGAAUGUGCCCUGCUGACAGUAAUGGCUUUUGAUUGCCAUGUGACUAUCUGCCAGCACCUCAGGUACACACUCAUUAUGCGUCCCUGGGUGUGUGUGCAGCUGGCAGCUGCAGCCUGUUCCAGUGGCCUGGCCAAUUCCCUGAUCCAAGCCAUGCUCACCUUCCAGCUUCAACUGUGUGGUCACCACACCCUGGAUCACUUCUGUGAGGUGCCUGUUCUGAUCAAGCUGGCCUGUGGUGACACCACUGCUAAUGACCUGUCCCUGACUGUAGGUGCUAUCCCUUUUGCACUGGUGGCACCCCUGCUUGUGCUCAUCUCUUACGCCUUCAUUGUGAGGACUGUACUGAAGUUAUCUUCAGCCAAAGGAAGGCACAAGGCUCUCAGCACCUGCAGUUCCCACUUGGUGGUCGUCGUCAUGUACUUUGGGUCAGCAAUCUACAUGUAUGUCCAGCACUCUGCCAAUAAUACUCAAGCCAAGUUCAUGUCUUUUUUCUACUCUGUUGUCACUCCACUGCUCAAACCAUUCAUCUACACCCUGAGAAAUAAGAAAUAUUCACCAGUGCACAUCUCAGAAGUCAUUAAACUUGAUGACGAUAAUGAUGAUCAGGUUGAACGUCCCAUCCAGAAGGAACUGUUCUUGGCCCUCCACCUCUCCCAGCCAGGAAUAGGUCCUUUUUGA